AACUUAAUCCAAAUGGGUGGAAACUUGUUGCUCAAAUGGUAAAUCAUGUCUACAUAUUACACCAUUCCUGCAACACAAAAAGCCCCAAAAAACAAACAGAUACAAAAUGAAGAGCCUCGGCUGGUCUAAAAAUAGUCUGACUGGGCUGAGGCUGUUCUUUCCCAAUCCGUUCAGUUGUUUUUGGAGCUUUUCAUGCCUCUUUUUUCCCGCUUCUCGUCCCUUAAGAACAAAUUGUUUUAAAUUACACAAAACCUCGACUUUACAGCUGAUCCACAAAUGUGCACAUGCGAAUAAAACAGCAGAAAAAACCCAAACAAACGGCAGAUGUCAGCCCAGAUGCAGUCUGGGGAAACACCUCCCGAGCUUCCCAUCCGCCUCUCAAUGAAAAAAAAAACCAGGCCUUUUUAGUCCUCGAAUGAAAUCGCUCAGUUUAUGUGCGCUGGCAGUCAGGCGUGCUUUCCGUCUCUCAGUUUCUCUCCAGUGUGUUUAUCUGCAUGUGUGUGUGUGUGUGUGUGUGUGUGUUUAAUCGCAGGCUGUGUGUCUACAUGGGAAGGUGCAUCUGGAAUCUUGCCUAAAGGCAGAAAACGCACUGCUUUCACACUCCGGCACGCGCUCAAAUGCUGGAGCCUCUGAAAGGAGCAACACAUGUCUCUGAUGAAUGGAUUAUAACAACCGGAAACUGGACGUCAUUUACAGUAAUUUAAUCCUGAAGGGCCAUGAGGAGGGACCGGCUGCUGGUGGCCGUCACUUUGGUCACUCUUCUAGCAGCUGAUAUGCAUUUCAUCCUUCUCCCCAGACUUAAAUCCUGGUAUUUUCUGCCCAGAGAGAGCUGCUCCUGUGGGAACGCCAAUGGGAGUAUUGAUGCGAUGUGGAUGUGGGGUCAGAAUUUGACUGCGGUUACUAUUGAGAAAGGCUCUAAGCUGGAGCGGCUCUUCAGGCAUCCGCUUUACAACAUCCGUCUGCCGGAUCUGAGGGCUGAUGAGCUGCUGCUGGAGCGGCAGGAGCUCAUCAACUACUACCAGAGGAAAGUGAGCCGCUGGGAGAGGAUGAAGAAGUUUUACAUGGAGGCGGCCGCCGCUUCGAACAUCUCCGUCUCUGAUCAUCCGGUGAGUUUUGAUCCGGACGCCAGCUGGCUUCAGUUCCACCUGGGGAUAAACAGAUAUGCACUGUAUAACCGAGAGGACAGCAGCGUGGACAAACUCCUGCAGGACAUGCAGACGGACACCGUCAUCAACGCAGAUUUCACUCAGGAUGAGAAAGCACUGAAGGGCGCAUGCGACUGCUCACAAGUGGUCAAACCGAGCGGCCUUCACCUGAAACUGGCCCUGAAGCUCCAAGACUUUGGCAAAGCGAUGUUUAAACCAAUGAGACAGGAGCGACAUGAAGAGACACCAGAGAACUUCUUUUAUUUUGUGGACUUUCAGAGACAUAAUGCUGAGAUCGCAGCUUUCCAUCUCGACAGAGUGCUGGAUUUCCGGAGAGUUCCACCAGUAGCAGGACGAUUUGUCAACGUGACGAGCGAAAUCUUGUACAUUACCCACAAUGAGGAGCUGCGCAGCGUUUUCUUCACCUCACCAGCCAACAACACGUGUUUCUUCGCCAAGUGUUUGUACGUGUGUAAGUCAGAGUACGCGGUGUGUGGUCACCCUGACCUGCUGGAGGGCUCCAUGUCUGCGUAUCUGCCGGGUUUGAGCAUCGCACCCCGAAUCUCCAUCCCCAACCCCUGGAUCCGUUCCUACAGCUUCACCGGAACAGAGGAGUGGGAGGUCAAUCCUUCAUACUGCGACACGGUCAGAAAGCAUUAUCCCUACAACUCUGGAAACAGACUGCUCAAUAUGAUCGACAUGGCAGUUUUUGACUUCCUCACAGGAAACAUGGACAGACACCAUUAUGAAAUUUUUACAAAGUUUGGAGAUGAGGGUUUCCUGCUCCACUUAGACAACGCCAGAGGAUUUGGACGUCAUUCCCAUGAUGAACUGUCCAUCCUCGCACCGCUGACCCAAUGCUGCAUGAUCAAGCGCUCGACUCUGUUCAGACUGAAGCUGCUGUCGAGCUCCGAGUACCUGCUGAGUGAUGUGAUGAGGGAGUCUCUGUCCCGGGAUGCUCUGAGUCCAGUGUUGACGGAGGAGCACCUGCAGGCCCUGGACCGCCGGCUCAAACACACACUCCUCGCCCUGGACACGUGUGUGGAGAAACACGGAGAAGCUCAGGUGGUCUUUACUGACUUUGAGGAAGCAGACAGAGUUACUGCAGGACAGCAGAGGUGACAGCGGAGCAGAGUUGAUAAUACACACACACACACACACAGACACACAAGUGAGGAUAUUUGUGCAGAAACACCCCUGAACAAAACCAUGGAGAAGAACAGACUGGUAUCCUGUGAAAUUGUAAUACAUUUUAAAUAUUUCCCAAGUGAUGUUUAACAGAGCAAGGACAUUUUUACAGUAUUAAUAUAAUAUUUUUUUCUUCUGCAAAAAGUUGUUUCUUUUAGUAUGGGUGAAAUAAAAGCAUUUUUAAUUUUUUUUUUAAAUAAGGUCAAUAUCAUUAGCCUCCUUAAAGGGGUCAAAUUUGGUCAAAAUGAGAUAAAGUCAACUCUAAAAGGUAGAACUUUUGUCACGAUUGGCUUGCCAUAAUUUUGACACUUUUGUCUCACAUAUUAUGAUACCAGUGUUCAAAAAUUCGUUUAAAGUUGUCAGAAUGAGGUAAAUGGUGAGACAAAAUGAACCAAAAUUAUGGCAAGUUAUAAUACAAAUGGUUAAAAAAAUCAUUUAAAAUUGCCAAAAUGAGAUCAAGUAACAUAAAAAGUAGAACUUUUGUCACAAUUGACUUUCCAUAAUUUUGGCUUAUUUUGUCUCGUAAUUUAUGAUACAAAUGGUCAAAAAUGUAUUUAAAAUGGUCAAAAUUAAAUAAAAUGUAUUUCUAAAAAAUAGAACUUUUGUCACGAUUGACUUGCCAUAAUGCUGACUUUUAAUUGUUAAAUUUUGUCAAAAUGAGAUAAAAAGUCAAUUCUAAAAAGUUGAAAUUGUCACAAUUGUCUUGCCAUAGAUUUGACCCCAGUUUUAAAAUGUAACAUUUUGUCAAAAUAAGAUAAAAAGUCAAUUUUUUGGCACAAUGGACAUGCCAUAAUUUUGUCUCACAAUUUAUGAUCCAAAUGGUCAAAAAUGCAUUUAAAAUUGUCAAAAUGAGACAAAAAGUCAAUUCUAAAAGUAGAACUUUUGUCACGAUUGACUUGCCAUAAUUUUGACACUUUUGUCUCACAAAUUAUGAUACCAGUGUUCAAAAAUUUGCUUAAAAUUGUCAGAAUGAGGUAAAUGGUGAGACAAAAUGAACCAAAAUUAUGGCAAGUUAUGAUACAAAUGGUUAAAAAAUCAUUUAAAAUUGCCAAAAUGAGAUUAAGUAACAUAAAUAGUGGAACUUUUGUCACAAUUGACUUUCCAUAAUUUUGGCUUAUUUUGUCUCGUAAUUUAUGAUCCAAAUAGUCAAAAAUGUAUUUAAAAUUGUGAAAAUGAGACAAAAAGUCAAUUCUAAAAGUAGAUCUUUUGUCACAGUUGACUUGCCAUAGAUUUAACCUACAUUUUGAAGAAAAAAAAGGGUUAAAAAGUCAAAGACAAAAUGUAUUUAAAAUAGUCAAAAUAAAAUAACUUAUAAAUUAUGUGACAAAAUUAACCAAAAUUGACGUUACAUAUGGUCAAAAAUAAUUUAAAAUCAUCAAAAUGACAUAAGUCAAUUCUAAAAAGUUGAACUUUUGUCACAAUUGACUUG